AUGCAGCGACUGCUGGGAAGGCUUCAGGACGCCAGCCUCCUUCAGCUGGGGGCGUACGUGGGAGGAGCCUUUGUCCCCGCAAAGUCAGCUCGUACCUUCGAGGUCCUCGAUCCGGCUUCAGGGUCUGUGCUGGGCUCUGCCCCCGACAUGGGGAAGGAGGAUGUGGAGGCGGCGGUGGUGGCGGCAGAGCAAGCGUUUCGGUCAUGGCGGGAGCAGCCGGCGAAGGAGAGAGGAGCUGUGCUGAGGCGCUGGUAUGACCUCGUCAUGUCAAACCGGGAGGAUCUCGCCACUAUCAUGACGAGCGAGUGCGGGAAGCCUCUCCCCGAGGCUCGGGCGGAGGUCGCCUACGCAGCUUCGUUCCUUGAGUUCUUCGCUGAGGAGAGCAGGAGGGUGGAGGGUUGCGUCCAUACCCCUCCCUCCUCCUCCAAGCGAGUCUUCACCAUCAAGCAGGCCGUCGGCGUCUCUGCUCUCGUCACACCCUGGAACUUCCCUGCCGCCAUGAUCACGCGCAAAGCAGCUCCCGCCAUCGCCGCAGGCUGCUCGGUCGUGGUGAAACCGGCGGAAGCGACGCCAUUCACGGCCAUCGCGCUCGCGGAGCUUUCUCGUCGAGCUGGAGUCCCAGCUGGGGUCUACAACGUGGUGACCUGCUCUCGAGGGAACGCAGCUGAGGUAGGGGGAGCGCUCUGUGCGGACGAGCGGGUGAAGAAGCUGUCCUUCACGGGAUCGACAGCUGUGGGGAAGCAGCUCAUGGCUCAGUGUGCGGGGACGGUGAAGAGAGUGUCGCUGGAGCUGGGAGGAAACGCUCCCUUCAUCGUGUUCGAUGACGCAGACUUGGAUGCUGCGGUGGAGGGGCUGAUGGCGUCGAAGUUUCGAAAUGCUGGACAGACGUGCGUGUGCGCGAACAGGAUCCUAGUGCAAGAUGGAGUUUAUGAAAAGAUGACGCAGCUGGUGGUGGAGCGAGUGAAGAGGUUGAAGAUGGGACAUGGACUGGAGGAAGGUACGACUAUCGGCCCCCUCAUCUCUGACGCAGGAGCUUCCAAGGUGGAGAAGCAGGUGGAGGAUGCCAAGGCUAAGGGCGGAAAGGUCAUAUUUGGAGGGAACCGCAAGGAAAACAACUUCUUUGAGCCCACGGUUAUCACGGAGGUCGACCCCAGCAUGAUGUGCGCGGAGCAGGAGACGUUCGGGCCGCUUGUUCCCCUCAUGAGGUUCAAAACAGAGGAGGAGGCGGUAAGAAUCGCCAACGAUACCAAGGCAGGACUUGCAGCCUACGUCUACACGAGGGACCUUGGGAGGUCAUGGCGAGUCUCAGAGGCGCUCGAGUACGGCAUGGUGGGAGUGAACGAGGGUAUCAUCUCCAGCGACAUUGCCCCGUUCGGAGGAGUCAAGGAGUCAGGACUGGGGAGAGAAGGAUCCAAGUUCGGCAUCGAAGAGUACUUAGAGAUGAAGUACAUCUGCCUGGGACUCGGAAAACCCAUCCAAGGACUGCCCUCCAUGCCAUGA